AUGAAUGUGUGUGCCCUGAGCUUGGACAUUUUCAGAUCACAGCACUCAGCUUCUCCCCCUAUGUGUCAUUACCGUAUCGUGGAUGGGAUGACAACAGGCACACCUGUGAGAGAAUCGGGCGUACCCGAUGGGAAGACAGAGGUUGAAUAUCUCAUCAUUAACCGAAUUAAACCACCUCAAAUCUUACAGGAUACGGUGCCGGUCCCAGAAGGGCAACUGAAACGCCUUGAGGACUUUGACAAUCGUUUUCUCAGGAAGAUAGCGCGUGUGGGCUGGCGUCGGAGAAUCCGUGACGAGGGAGUUAGAAAACGAGCUUUCGUUUGUGUAACGAGUAGCCGGAGCAGAGAGGUGGCCAGUCCUUGCGCUGGCAGAGCAGAGAUGUUAUGCAACGCUCGGGUGCUGUCGGUGUUACUCUCCUUCCAGGACGGGGACCGCGUGAUCCUCGUUGCGCCUGGUUGGAGACACUGUAAGAUAUGGUUUCUAACCGAUGUCAGUGGCGAUAUUGUCAGUUUCUAUCCCUUCCCCAUCCAUCCUUAUUGCUUUCUUCACAAUAAGGCUUUCAAUUAA